AAAAGCGGACUUGGGAGGGCUCUGCCCCUUUCCGGGAAGAAAACGACUUGGGCUAAGAUCGAUCCCAAAGGGAGGAGAAAAGAGUCCUCGCCCUAGGAUCGAGAGCAGCUCAUAGCCUUGGCAGCCAUGUCUCGGCCCCUGACUGACCAGGAGAAGCGGAAACAGAUCAGCAUCCGUGGCAUUGUUGGAGUGGAGAAUGUGGCUGAGCUGAAAAAGGGCUUUAACCGGCAUCUACACUUUACCCUUGUUAAGGACCGCAAUGUGGCCACCCCUCGUGACUACUACUUCGCCCUGGCCCACACUGUGCGGGAUCACCUGGUGGGCAGGUGGAUCCGCACCCAGCAGUACUACUAUGAGAAGGACCCCAAGAGAAUCUACUACCUUUCCUUGGAGUUUUAUAUGGGCCGGACCUUGCAAAAUACCAUGAUCAACCUAGGACUACAGAAUGCCUGUGAUGAGGCAAUUUAUCAGCUAGGGCUGGACAUAGAAGAACUGGAAGAGAUUGAGGAAGAUGCUGGUCUGGGCAAUGGAGGUCUUGGCAGGCUGGCAGCCUGCUUCCUCGACUCAAUGGCCACCCUUGGGCUUGCUGCCUACGGUUAUGGAAUACGCUAUGAGUAUGGCAUUUUCAAUCAGAAGAUCAGAGAAGGAUGGCAGGUGGAAGAAGCUGAUGAUUGGCUAAGACACGGAAACCCCUGGGAGAAGGCUCGGCCAGAAUACAUGCUUCCUAUUCACUUUUAUGGAAAAGUGGAGGAUACACCAGCGGGUGCGAGAUGGGUCGAUACUCAGGUUGUUUUGGCUCUGCCCUAUGAUACUCCUAUUCCUGGUUACAUGAACAACACGGUUAAUACAAUGCGACUCUGGUCUGCUCGAGCGCCCAACGACUUUAAUCUCCGUGACUUUAAUGUUGGCGAUUACAUUCAAGCGGUGUUGGACAGAAACUUGGCAGAGAACAUCUCCCGCGUCCUCUAUCCGAACGAUAAUUUUUUUGAAGGCAAGGAGCUGCGUCUGAAGCAGGAAUACUUUGUGGUAGCUGCCACCUUGCAAGACAUCAUUCGACGGUUCAAAGCCUCUAAGUUUGGGAGUACAGAAAGUGUCCGGACUGCUUUUGAUUUAUUCCCAGACCAGGUUGCAAUCCAGCUGAAUGAUACACAUCCUGCAAUGGCUAUUCCUGAGCUGAUGCGUGUGUUCUUGGAUAUAGAGAAGCUGCCGUGGUCCAAGGCCUGGGACAUCACUACAAGGACCUUUGCUUACACUAACCACACAGUUCUCCCUGAAGCUCUUGAGCGCUGGCCAGUUGAGCUGGUGGAGAAGCUGCUUCCAAGACACUUGCAGAUUAUCUAUGAAAUCAAUCAGAAGCAUUUGGAUAAAAUCAAAGCCCUGUUUCCCAAGGAUGUUGACCGUCUCAGGCGGAUGUCCUUGAUUGAAGAGGGAGGGAUCAAGCGUAUCAACAUGGCCCACCUUUGCAUUGUUGGCUCUCACGCUGUGAACGGAGUUGCAAAGAUUCACUCAGAUAUCAUCAAAUCUCAAGUGUUCAAGGACUUUGCAGAGUUGGAACCAGAGAAGUUUCAGAAUAAAACAAAUGGGAUCACUCCUCGUCGCUGGCUCCUGCUUUGCAACCCAGGACUUGCAGAAUUAAUUGCAGAGAAAAUAGGGGAGGAGUAUGUGAAAGAUUUGAGCCAGCUGACAAAGCUGCAUCGGUUUGUGAAUGAUGACAUUUUCAUCAGAGAGGUAGCCAAAGUCAAGCAGGAAAACAAAGUCAAAUUUUCCCAGUACCUGGAGCAGGAAUACAAAGUGAAGAUCAACCCAGCUUCCAUGUUUGACGUGCAGGUCAAGAGAAUUCAUGAAUACAAGCGGCAGCUCAUGAAUUGCUUACAUGUGAUCACCAUGUACAACCGCAUUAAGCGAGAUCCAGUGAAGCCAUUUGUGCCCAGGACUGUGAUAAUUGGAGGCAAAGCUGCUCCUGGAUAUCAUAUGGCUAAAAUGAUAAUAAGGCUGAUCACUUCUGUGGGCCAUGUAGUAAACAAUGAUCCUCUGGUUGGAAACAAGCUGAAGGUCAUCUUUCUGGAGAAUUACAGAGUCUCACUGGCUGAAAAAGUGAUCCCAGCUACCGAUUUAUCAGAGCAGAUUUCCACAGCUGGCACCGAAGCCUCGGGCACUGGCAAUAUGAAAUUCAUGCUCAACGGGGCUCUGACCAUUGGGACCAUGGAUGGUGCCAAUGUAGAAAUGGCAGAAGAAGCUGGAGAAGAGAAUCUUUUCAUCUUUGGCAUGAGAGUGCAGGAUGUGGCAGAGCUGGACCGGAAAGGGUACCAUGCUCAGGAAUAUUAUGACAAGCUUCCUGAACUGAAGCAAGCUAUUGAUCAGAUAAAGAGCGGUUUCUUUUCACCAAAACAACCUGACUUGUUCAAAGAUGUGGUCAACAUGUUGUUCCACCAUGACCGGUUUAAAUUGUUUGCAGACUAUGAAGCUUAUGUCAAAUGCCAAGACAGUGUCAGUCAACUCUACAUGAACUCCAAGGAGUGGACCAAAAUGGUAAUCAGGAACAUUGCAGCCUCUGGGAAGUUUUCCAGUGACAGGACCAUCAAAGAAUAUGCCCGUGAUAUCUGGAAUGUGGAACCUUCUGACCUCAAGAUCCCACCACCCAAUGUACCUCGAGAUGUGGCUGAUGAGAUGCUGGCCAAUGAUUCAGCUGAAAAGUUGCGUAUGUGAAUCUGAGAAGUCCUACAAGGUUUAACUCUGCAUGGAUAAUGCAUAGUACUGUACAUUGGGAAAAGCAUGCACAGAUUUGUUUAGCAAGUAAUGGUAGUAAAAUGGCCUCUUUUCUCUUUUGCUUACAAGCACUGAGGGCAGUUGGAAUAUCUUAUGCAUUAUAUACAUCACAGAGAUUUAAAUGGGCUUGAGCAUCAGAAUUCUCCCGCUUUCCUUCCUUUGGAACCCUGGGAAUUAUUGUUCCAAAAAAAAUAAUUAAUACAUCCUAUUUCAUCUGAUGGCUUCUAAGUGGGCUGACCAUAUCUUUUUCAUGGUAGCCAAUAUGGCCACUGGCCAUACUAGGUGCUAGUCCCAACACAACUAGAGCGUACCAGCUUGAGGAAGGCCGCUCAAACAAAUUUUAGUGCCCUUGCCCAACCACUCUCCAGGAUGCUGGGGCUUGAUUGGAGUGGCACAGCUAUAAAUUGACUCAAAGGCCUUUGGUUACAUCAAAGGGCACAUUUUUACUCAUUUAUAGUGGAUGUUAUAAAAAGAUGCCAUUAGUGAGUCUGAACGAUCUGUUUGCUCAAUUGUUGUCUUGCAAAGAAAAUGAAAGAUGUUGUGCAAGAAUGUAUAUUCAUAAAAUGAACUCUUAGCAGAAAGAAUAGUAUAUUUUGAGAAAAGUGUUAAAACAAAAUCCGUAUAGUUGUAUAGAUCACAUUGUCUUCCUUCAAGAGGUGAGCGUAGAAGUCUUCUCCUACUUACCAAUGAUAGUCAUUUGAAGUAUUUUGAAGAAACCUUGUGCUUUUCAGCAGGUGUUAAUUACAAUACAAAACCUUUGAGGAAGUCGCACUAUAUAGUAUAAAUCAAAUUGAUUCAUACUGGCAACAUAGCUUUGAUAGGAAGACAUCUUGAGAGAAAAAGGAUAUUCUGCUGAAGAAGGGCUUACAGUAACCAAGAUGAGAUGCAUUUAUAGAAAAAGAAAUAAUUUUUGCAAGGCUCAAAAACUCCUGUAUUUUUGCCCAAUAAUGUUGUUCUGUGGUGUACACCUGGAAAUUCAUGAUAAAAUAAACUGAAAUCCACUUUUUUAUCUUCCAA